GUUGCGGUCCGCGCCCGGCCAUGCUGCUGCUGCGGUCGCUACGGGGCUGGGCCGCCGGGGCGCUGCGGGGCAGCCGGCCGAGGACCUCCGGGAGCCCCGCCUCGGGCUCCGGGCCUCGGUACCGCGCUUGGCUUCCGGAUAGAGAAAAUGAAAAAGAGAAAAAGUCAGUGAUUUGUGUUGAGGGCAAUAUUGCAAGUGGAAAGACAACAUGCCUGGAGUUCUUCUCCAACACGACAGACAUUGAGGUGUUGAUGGAGCCUGUGCCCAAGUGGAGAAAUGUCCGUGGCCACAAUCCUCUGAGUCUGAUGUACGGUGACGCCCGCCGAUGGGGCCUUACGCUGCAGACGUACGUGCAGCUCACCAUGCUGGACCAGCACACUCGUCCGCAGAUGUCACCUGUUCGGUUGAUGGAGAGGUCGAUUCACAGUGCAAGAUACAUUUUUGUAGAGAACCUGUAUAGAAGUGGGAAGAUGGCGGAAGUGGAUUAUGUGGUUCUCUCAGAAUGGUUUGACUGGAUCGUGAGGAACAUAAACGUGUCUGUGGAUCUGAUCGUUUAUCUCCGGACCACUCCUGAGAUCUGUUACCAGAGAUUAAAGAUGAGGUGCAGGGAAGAGGAGAAGGUCAUUCCCCUGGAGUACCUGGAAGCCAUUCACCGGCUGUAUGAGGAGUGGCUCAUCACUGGAAGUCUCUUCCCCAUAGAGGCCCCUGUCCUGGUGAUGGAGGCCGACCACGACAUGGAGAAAAUGUUAGAGCUCUUUGAACAAAACCGGGCCCGGAUAUUCGCUCCGGAGAACUGGAAGCAUGGCCCAUAGGGUGGGAAAGAUCUGUAGGAUCAUGGCAGGAAGUUGCCUGCAGCUGCCAAGGUAGCUGUUAGGAACAAUUAGAAAAAAAAAAAAAAAUCUCUUAGGAUAGCCUCUUACCUGGCCAGAUUUAUUUUCCUAAC